CACUCAAACACACGCACACAUAUAUACACACCCUCCACCCCCAUCGCUGCAGUGUCUCAACUGCCUUGGAGCAAACAAGAGAGGAUAUAGAACACAGACGCUAAUAAGACAAGAAAAAGAGGGGAGCUGAAACACACAGAGAGACAGAGAUGUGUGUGUGUGUGUCUGUGUGUGUGUGACCCUGUGAAUAUGAAGGAAGACAUGAAGAUGGAGCAGCAGGAUUAAAGGUGGAUUGCACACAGCCUUUCUCUCCCUGCAAGGGCUUGUCUGCAGUAUCCUUUGUAAAUGGAUGCUGGCUUGUGAACACGACUCAGAAACCUUCAGUUGUCUGGGAGAUAUCUCACCACAGAAGAAGCAGAAAAGAUUUCAUCAGGAAGAUCAAAUCAAACAGGCCAAAUAGCGAACUGAGGUGGAUGGUUGCAGAAGCCAAACAAGGGCAACACACCACAAGAGCCAUGUGGGAGGAGAGCGAAGAGGGUUUGCUAUUCGCACGCAUCAAGCCCAAACUGUUUCUCUACUGACGCACUCCAGAGCUUUUCCUCAGGGGGAGCCCCUGCUAUGAACCCCAGCUCCAUUGGCUUCAGCAGGCAGUCCAACCUCGGUGCCAGGCGCUGUGUGGGCAUCCCACAAGUCUGGGUUCUGCCCACACAGAACUCACAGACUGCCCCUGAACAAAAAGAAUGAAAUACUCCUGAGUCACUCCUCUGUGAGGUGGCUUUCCAGUCCAGUGUUAAAUUGGCCUCUCGUGAAGUUUUGUCCGCCUCCUGCCCUGCGAGCUCGUUCUCACAAAAACCCUCUCCAACUCUUCCACCAGCUCCAUUUAAUUCCCCACUUCAUUAUAAAUUGCUCUCCCAUCAAGCACCAGCACGAGUUCCUUUGCGCUUACCACGUGGUGGAGGACCAUGGGAUGCCGUCAGAGCUCGGAGGAGAAGGAAGCAGCGCGGCGCUCACGGCGAAUCGACCGCCACCUGCGCUCAGAGAGUCAGCGGCAGCGGCGUGAGAUCAAGCUAUUGUUGUUGGGCACCAGCAACUCUGGCAAGAGCACCAUCGUCAAGCAGAUGAAAAUCAUCCACAGUGGAGGCUUCAACCUCGAAGCCUGCAAGGAGUACAAGCCUCUCAUCCUGUACAAUGCCAUCGACUCUCUCACCCGAAUCAUCCGUGCCCUAACCACCCUUAAGAUUGACUUUCACAAUGCUGACCGCGCCUACGACGCCGUGCAGCUCUUUGCCCUCACAGGCCCCGCUGAGAGUAAGGGGGAGAUCACUCCAGAGUUGCUGGGAGUAAUGAAACGUCUGUGGGCAGACUCAGGGGUCCAGGAGUGCUUUCAACGAUCCAAUGAAUACCACUUAGAGGACAACACUGCCUACUACCUGAAUGACCUGGACCGCAUCUCUGCACCUGAGUACAUCCCUACUGUAGAGGACAUUCUCCGAUCCCGUGACAUGACCACCGGCAUUGUGGAGAACAAGUUCACCUUCAAGGAGCUCACCUUCAAGAUGGUAGAUGUGGGUGGACAGCGUUCAGAGAGGAAGAAGUGGAUUCAUUGUUUCGAGGGCGUGACUGCAAUCAUUUUCUGUGUUGAGCUAAGCGGCUAUGACCUCAAACUCUACGAGGACAACCAGACGAGCCGCAUGGCUGAGAGCUUGCGUCUGUUCGACUCCAUCUGCAACAACAACUGGUUCACCAACACGUCGCUCAUCCUCUUCCUCAACAAGAAGGACCUGUUGGCUGAGAAGAUAAAACGCAUUCCCCUGACAGUGUGCUUCCCCGACUACAAAGGUCAGAACACCUACGAGGAGGCGGCCGUCUAUGUGCAACGGCAGUUUGAGGACCUCAACCGCAACAAGGAGACCAAGGAGAUCUAUUCGCACUUCACCUGUGCCACUGACACCAGCAACAUCCAGUUUGUGUUCGACGCUGUCACGGACGUGAUCAUCCAGAACAAUCUGAAGUACAUUGGGCUAUGCUAGGACCUGACGCCGGCUGGGAGCGGGUGGGUGGUGGGUGGUGGGCUGGGGGUUAAAGCGGGGCCGCUGGGGAGCAGUCGGCCCGCCAUCAGGCUGGAUAAACAAAGGCAAGUCAGUCUGCCUGGCGGUUUAUCUCUGUGAAGAGGUGCAACAGAGAACUGGAAAGCAGAUGAGGUGGUCUGAUGGUCAGGGAUGGACGAUACUGUAGAUCCAACUGUUUCUAUGGAAGCAGCAGCGCUGAUGGUGGAGAUGGGAUUUUUAACCCUACGUGUUUGCACUGAAUAUGAGUAUGCAGAGACACCCAAACACACACACAUACACACACACACAUAUACACAUAUACACACACUGAUCCUUAUUGUUUGUUCACACACAAGAUCUUUGGAUCAGUCAAGCACUUGUUUGACGAGGCAACACUGGAAAUUUUAGACAGCUACCCCAACCUGCCUGCCAAACCUGAGACUGAGUAAUAGGUCUGUACUGGCGGUUUUCAGUUACUUUUGUCUCCUUUCUUUUAUUUGCCUGAGUCAAUUAAUGCUGCUUUAUAAAAAAAAAAAAAAAAAAAGAUAAUUUUGACAGAAUCAAUGUUCUCUUUUUGGAUUUUCACCCAAACAUUAGUAAACAGUAAGUGCACCUGAUGAGAGCCUGUAUUCCUGUGGGAGGAGUCAUUAGACAUGAUGUCACAGGGUUUCUGCCUAAAAGAGGAAACUGCCACAGUCUAAAGUUGAAGUGAAAUAUGUUUUCUACACACUUAUUUCUGUUCUGUCCCCCGGUCGACCCUCUAAUGUUGUUCUUUCCCUCUUUCUUUAAUCUUUUUGUGCUUUAAAAAAAAAAAAAAAAGAAUAUGUCUCUCAAACCUGCCUUUUACAGCAGGACACUGACUUAUAAUACAAGGAGUACGUUACACUCGGCAGAGUCAAAAGUAUUUAUGAUCAUUCCAGUUUCCAGCAAGAGACAACAAAAACAGUGCCAAGAUCAGUUUGUAAAUAAAACCAGAUCCCAUCCAUUACGUUAAUUUCAUUUUAUUUUAUUUAGGUUUUUUUUGUUGUUUUAUUUUUAUGGAUGAAUACAUUAAAACAUGCAUGAUUUUGUUACUUUGGGAUACUAAUAUAUUUUCUUUGAGUUUCUCUUUUCCUAGGUUUUAAUAAUAUAUUCCCAAAAAUAUAUAUAUAAAAGUCAAACACUGUGUACGAUUGUACAGUUGUCAGAGAGGAAUCUAUUGAAAAGAGUUUUAUCAAUAAAAUAAUGGUGAUCAUAAUGUUAUGAUGAUGAUGAUGAAGAUGAAAAAAAGAUUACAAUAAUGAUGACGAUAGCGGUGAUGAUCAUGAUGAUUACAAUGCUGACAAGGAAAAACCUCACAACAAAGUUAGCAUGAGAGGAGAAAGUGGAUCAAAGGAGAACAAGACUGUAGAAGAAAAAUGAAAAACAAAGAAACAAACCUUAAAAGUUCAAUCUUCCUUGCAUUAUCUAAGUGGAAAUUGUUAAACAGUCAGUCAGUAUGAUGUGUAAAUAUACUGUAAGGUACACUGUUUGUUCAAACAAAUGAAAAUAAAGGUUGAGUUGGGAUACUGCGAGUGAGAUAAAGAGAGAGUGAGAGAUAGAGGAGGAAAAAAAAUCCCACUCCGCUCCUCCUCUUACCCUUUCUUUUCAGUUCAGAGAACAACUCAGCCAAGGGCUUCAGGCUUGACUUUAUGGGAUGUCCACUUCAACAAAAGACAAAACAAUGAAAAAGAAAAAAAAAAGAAAUAUAAAAAGGACAAUAACUAUGAAUAAAACAACUUAUGCAAA